AUGGAGGAGAGGCGACGCCAACUCAGGUCUUGCGAUCCGUGUCGCAAGGAAAAGAAGACUUGUAAUGCACCGCGAAACCGGAAAGACAGUGCCUUUGGCUCGUGUACCAACUGUACAAAACAGAGGAAGACCUGUACCUUUGGUGCUUUUGCCACCUGGCGUACUGACUUGAAGAAAAAAACUCAUGCGAGGCCACACGCGACGCAAACGUUCACUUCAAGUACUUCUCAGUUUCGCAGCAGAUCAUCCAACUUCAGCUAUUAUGAUCCCAAGCCAGUCGAGAAGUCUGAUGCUCACUGGGAUAGCUCCAGCUCGAGUGCCUCUGCUGUGCCGUCCUAUCUUCCUGGGUCUUUCCUCGACCCCUUGGAAAAUCCAUGCGUGGGACAUUCCGAAACCUAUGCACACAAUUCCGUUGAUCACGAGUCACAAUGGACCGCACAUUCUCCAGACUUCUGGCAGAUUGGUCCCAUGAUGCAGCCCUCUGACUUGCCCCUCCGAUUUUCUGGUGCGGGGGUGAGCAUCUACGCGUCCUCGGCGGAUUCUUGUCGGAGCUCAUCUGAAUCUACCGACCGAACGGAUGAUGGGUCAAUCGCCUCUUCAUCUUCGACGCAAUUUACUUCGCCGCACGAAAGAGAUUGGCAGAAGUAUCUGUCGUCCAAGAAUUAUAGGAACACUGGCCAGUCUCGUUCCAAAACAGGUGACCUGUGUAUUCCAUCCGAAAGCACCGCACAUCAAUAUGCUCGUGCGACAAUGACACAAAACUUGAUUCGUAUCUAUCAUGACAGCAUGGAGAACGCCCUCUCGUGCUGGCUGACAGAGCAUAAUUGUCCAUAUAGUGACUUCAAAAGAAUCCUAGCCCCCUCUGGUCAGGGAAAGGCAUGGGGACCCAGCUGGUCCAACCGGAUAUGCAUUCGGGUUUGUCAACUCGACCGAGCGUCUUCUUCCAUACGCAGUCGUGCUCUUAGUCCAGAAGAGGAUAGGACAGCUGCUCAAGUGCUGCAUAUGUCGAUAAUCGCAUUUGCUUCGCAGUGGACCCAACAUGCACAAAAGGGCCCCGGGCUGCAUGUCCCAGCACCAGUCGACCGAGACGAACGAUCUAUCCGCGAAAUCGUCUGGAAUAAAGCACGACACGCGCUGGAACGAUCAAGCGAGAUCCCCUCAUUCCGCAUCAUUUUCGCCAAUAUCAUAUUCUCGUUGACUCAAAGCCCCUUAAGUGACCAGGAAAAUAAACCUUUGGGUCAGCUUCUGGAAGUUGAUCAGGCGCCAAGAUUUCUAGAAGCCGCCAAUCGCCAACUCUUCAGAUUUCGAUAUACGAUUUCUCGUCUUCAGAGACAAGCUUCGUCAAAUCGCGACGGAAUCUUAAGCCAACCCAUACCGGACACCAUCUACGAAAUGUCAAACGCCCAUGAGCUUUCACAAGCCGAUCCUGCCUUUACAACCGAGGAACACUGCAAUACGUUCAAUCUCUUGUUUUGGCUGGGGGUCAUGUUUGACACGCUGAGCUCUGCAAUGUACCGACGCCCACUGGUCGUCUCCGAUGAAGAUAGUCAGAUUACAUCGGCGGCUCCACCGUCUCAUCUCGAUGUUGGCGAAAACGUCGACCUUGACGGAUGGAAUAUGCUACGGGAGCCGGCUCCCAGAAAACCGGACAUAUGGGAUGACUUCUUUCUUCGUCCUAAUGAAAGAAUACAAGCUGGUCAAGCUCAACUGAGAUGGCCGUGCUCUUAUGAAGAAGCCGCGUCAAUCCUCUCCGAGGCGACCCCCGUUAAGGUAUUACUAUAUCGUCGAGUCACGCAACUGCAAACGUUGGUCUACCGGGGUGCCAGUCGGGGAUACUUGGAGAAGGUGAUCCAAAAAACUAUGUUGGUGUAUGAGCAUUGGAACCGUACCUAUCAAAUCUUCAUGCUCGACUGCGUCGCUAAUCAUGACCUCCUCCCACCUCGUAUCCAAUCUUGGUACGUGAUUCUCAACUGCCAUUGGCAUCUUGCCACCAUGUUAUUAGCAGACAUGAUAGAGAGCAUUGAUCAGGGACGGCUCGGAUGUGAUGCUGAACGCGAGGUUCGGCAAGCCACAGACCUAGUUACCACGUUAAGAACGGAAACUGCUUUUGCCGUUGGUGCGCUCGCUCGCUCUUCCCUUCAGGGUCAGGAUUCGAUUAUGUCUCAACAUUUUCACGAUUCUCUGACUGAAGUGGCAUUCCUGGUUGAGCCGUGGACUGUGGUUUUAAUCCAUGCCUUUGCCAAGGCGGGAUAUAUUUCUCUCGAGCAACUGGAUCUUCUCGAAGAGAGUAAUUUGCUCGCUGAAUGCUUCCGACAAAAUUGUGAAUUCUGUAUUGCCGCGCUAUACUAUCUUGGAAGGAAGUCGGAUAUGGCCUCAAUGGUGGCUCGAAGCAUGUCAAAAUCCCUCGAAUCGAAGAGCUGCAAGGGAUCCUGA